UGACGUCAGUGUCAGCUGUGCCUCACGCAAGCGCUGUCCGCGUGCCCGCACGUAUCGGUGUGUGUGUGUGAAUGAUUCAGCAGCUCGUGCGGCAGCAGUCCGUCACAGCGGCUCGUCUUCUGCACAUGUGCAACAGAAACGGAUUUCAGGCGAAAACAAGACAAACAAACGGCUUUUAUUUGGAUAUGUGACCCGUGCAGGUGGCAUGUACCUGUCGGAGACCCCGUAGUGUUCGGUAGAGUGCGGGUCUACAGGCCGGAGAGCAGGAGCGAAGCCCCGCAGGAGCGAAGCCGGCCCCCGCGGGAUUCCAGCGGCAUUUGUCGGGACUUGUCUCGCCGGUUGUCUCCUCUCAGCCUCGGACUGAACCCGACACAUCCCGCCGUGUGCGUCCAUCCAACCACCUCCACCUCCACCUCGACGUUUCCGCAUUCUGACGUCUGAUGCUCCGUGGCCCCGGCAGCUCUUCUUGCUCAGUGUCUCCAUGGUGAAGUGGGCGGGGUCAGAUGUCAGCCCCUCGUCUUGACGACCCUCCCACCAUGCCCACCAUGGUUUCUAGGCUGCCCAAGUUCGGGUCACGGCCCAAAUCUGCCAUACCUUCCACUGGCACUCAGAUGGGUCUGGCUGCCACCGCGAGUACUGGCACCUUCACCAGCACCACCGCUACCAGCACCCGCCUCACCAACGGGUUCUACCACCACCCCGGCCCAGCAGGGGUCAACAGCAGUUUAACUGCACCCCCCACCUCUGUUAAGCAGAACGGAUUUAUCAGAGUGCCGACUUCAUUUUCCAUGAAAUGGAGGAAAGAAAAUGGGACGAUGGAGGAUGGAGGGGUUGACGGAGAGAGGGAGUGGAGACGAGGAAAGGGAGGGAAUGUCGGGCAGAAUCGCUCCGGUAAUAACAUCCAUCAGUAUUGUUCCCAACAGCAACAGGGAUCACCAGUGGUGGCACAGCAUGAUGCCAAGAAGCCUACCCCGUCUUCUGCGGGAAAGGGCCGUGGUUUUGGCCAUCCUGUAACAUCCUCAUCAUCGCCAUCACCACAGUCCAGCCCCAGAACUCUUCCUGUCUCUAAAAGUGGAUCUCACGGUUCCAAACCGAACCAGACUGCAUUUGGGCUAAUCAAUAGCACAAAACAGAACCUAAACGGUCUUUCUGGAUCCAAACCACGUAGCGGAACCAAUGGUUUUCUGAGACAGCCUCAGAGCUUUGCUCGUUCUGGCGGUUCUAGGCCAGGUUCUGGUCCCGGUUCUCGAGCCGGUUCCCCCCUCCAAAAGAAACCACCAGCCAGCCGCUCCCACUCUAGUGACAGCCUCGGGUCCACUCCAUCCAUCCAACUGACUGAAAACGAUCGUUUUCGGUCACGUAGCCUCACCCAGGUCCGACGUCAGCCCUCCCCCACCCUCACCCUAACCCUUACCCCUUCCUCCCUCUCUCACUACCCCACCGUCACCAGCUCCUACUCCAUCAACAGGGCUGCUGGGCGAGGACUCAAGGAGCCGACAGCUUCCUCCGCUCAGGCUCCACCUAGAGGCAGCUUGGCAAAAUCCCCUGUUACCAGCCAGACUCCUGAGGGAGGAGGCAGAGGUGGAGGAGUCAAAGUUCAAAGUUCUACUGUUCCAGGGAGGUCAGGGGUCAGCAUCCCCUCCCUCCUGCCCCCCUCUGCCUUAAAGAAGCCCCUCCUACCAAGCCUUGGCCCCGCCUCAAAGCCCAGUGGCAUCAGCUAUAAGCUGUCACGCCCGUCACUCAUCAAGCAGUCCCGCCCCGUCCGAGUGACCCCAGCCAAUGAGCCUGGAGGUGACCCGGAAGUGAAAAAAGGACUGACAGCACGGAGAAACUCAGUAGAGACGCCUUCUACGACAGAAAACAGUCCAGAAUGUACCCCAGAGGCUCCAGAGACACAGGGGCUGUCGGCAGAGCCCGUAUCCCAGGUAGAGGUGUCAAUUGUGGGGGAGACGCUGGAGGACAUGUCCCUGUCCUCCAACUCAUCUCUGGAUAGAAAUGACACCAGUCAGGAGUAUAUGGACGACUUUGACAACCUCGGAAACGGAGGGGUGAGCAUACUGCUUCUUUCCUCUAAAAAUGAUGAAGAUGACUCAGGGCUCGACCAAUCAUGCGCCAGGUUUGAUGAUGACAAGGUGGCUGUGAAUGGUGUUACCGAGGCAGCGGGACUCUGUUUUCUGGACGACGGUAUGGACUGGGCCGGCAUGAGACUCGGUGGUGAGCGAGGGGAGCAUCAGCUGACCCAACUCUCCCGUCGGAGGAGGUCCAGUCAGCCGGACUACCAUGACCAGGGCGGUUCGUCCCUGGACCUGUCCCCCUCGGACAGCUGUGGGUCUGGGGGAACCUACAUGUGGGACGAGGAGGGCCUGGAGCCACUGGGGGGCGCCACCAUGACCGCCUCCAUCAACACUAACAGCAACACCACCCAUCACAUCGGGAGCUUCGACUCUGACCUCAACAGCAUCGACAUCUUGAACAACCUGGACUCUUGUGAUCUGGAUGAUGAUGACCUCAUGCUGGAUGCAGACUUACCAGAAGAUGCCUCACUGCACAGCGAUGGAGAUGGGAUUUCCCACAUGGCUCAGUGGAGGAUGAGGCAGCUCUGCUGGGGAACGCAGGACGUCCACAAUGACAAUGAAAGUGAUUUCCAAUGCUUCAAGCUAACUGAGGAUCCUGGGAAUAAGAGGACAGACACGACCCGGGACAGUGACCUCAUUCUGGACCUCUGUCCUCCAAGGUCUCCCUGCCUGUCUCCUGGUACUCCUGGUACUCCUGGUUUGGGUCUCGAUGUGGAGGAACUGGCUGAAGACUGUUCUGCAGUCAGAUCACAGCUGGAGUAUCUGCAGAGGUUACUGCUUCAGGAGGAGGACGUGGACGAUGACACUCUGACCGCAGGCACUCUGAAUCCGGACACCAGCGACUCCUACCACAGCUCGGACACACAGGUGCAGGCUCUCCUGCAGGAGGUGCAGCAGCUCAGAGAGGAGCUGAGAAGCCGAGACCGAACCAUCGCACAGCUCACCCUGCAGCUGACUGUUCCCACGGUGACCACCAGGUGCCGUUGCCAGGAGACGACGGGAAGGAUGGAUCGACACACACAGACGAGUGCGACGGAGAGAGAGAGCGUGGCCUCGCAGACGCCCUGGAGAGAGCACACCUCACAGAUACUUCACCCCUCCAGCCGGGACGAGCAGGCUCCACUGACGGACCGACGCCCAGCACCGCCAACCCGAGCUCUGCCUCCAGCUGACCCCUGCUCCACCCAGCCCGACAUCCCCGCUGAGAGCGUCCCGGACCGUCCUGAUACCAACGCCACCCACCCCGCGACUGAUGGAGGAAGAGAUUAUGGGAAGAGAGCGAGGAAAGAGGAGGAGGAGGAGGAGAAAGGAAAGACGAAGGAGAGGAAAGGAACCUACAACAGAUCCCUGCAGCUCCCCCAGCCCUCGAAGCUCCGCCUCUUCCUGUCUCAGACCGCCGGCUCUGCCUCAGCUGCCGCUGCACCGCCGAGGACGAAGGCGGCCACGCAGCUGUGUCAUGAUCCAGAGAGCCACGGCACUUCUAGGCUGAAGGUCAAAAUGGCUGCCUUCACGUCCUGCUCCACCCGCCUCCCCAAGCCUAAGAGCCACUGAGCUGUCGGCCUCUUAAACCACCUUCCUAACACGCAGCGAUGUGAGCCGCUGAGCCCCCCCGGUCGUGUUUUCUCUCUUUCAGUACUGAAACUGCACUUCCUGUGUUCUGAUUAUAAAAGUCUGUGUACGAUGCGAUCAAGCGGCUAGCGGGAUCGCCAGUUCAUCUAACUGUAAAUGAGGUUGGAAUAUAUAUACAAUUAUUUAUUUUUUAGUAAUAAUAUUUUGAGCACUGUGACUGAUAAUAAAGGUUUAAAAACCUGGUAACGCUUUAUUUUACAGGUCCUGUAGUCUCGUAAUAAUUUCCUCUAAAGAAGUGGAACUGUACGUUCAUAGGACUGUCCCCGGAGAGAGUCCUGGGGAUGGUGGAGGUGUCAUGUAGGAAAAAUAAUUUAGCAUAAUCGAUCACCUUCAUGCCAUUAGUCUUGUGUGUACUCGUCACGCUGCGGAUCGCUUGGAUUCAACACGGUUUUAUUCGAUCUUGUGGAUGAACUCAGUGGUACAGUGGACUGUUUAACGUUUUAACACCGCGACCGUACUGCGGGUGUCCUCCAGCUCCUAAAAACUCAGCUUCAGGGUUCUCCAUGCUUCAUAAAUGUCUUCUGUCGCAUCUUCUUCAAACUUCCAGCUGACUGAACGCACCACGUUUUUACUGGAGGAGGCAAAAUAUCUAAUAUGAUAUUCAAUCGAGAGCAGGAAUUAGUCAUUUGUUGUUUUUUUUUCCUCCAUGACCCCUCCCUGGCUCCAAACAAUUACAUUGGUACACUUGCAGGUAAUUCAUUCUAGUUAACUAACGCAGUGCACAGCAGGGCAGCUGAUAAACAUAAAGAAUAAAAUUUAAAUAAAUUAAUUAGUUUAAAUGGAGCAGACCUCUACGAACUAAACCAAAAUAACUCAAAUUUUUGUGCGAAAUUUUUACAAAAUGUAUCAGAAAUAAGAAAUUUCCUUCGAGAUUAUUAGGAAAUCAUGGGAGCAGCAAAAAAAAAGCGUUACCAAAAAAAUUAUGCUAUUAUGAUACAUUAAAGCUCGGGUAGGAAACGUUGGAGAAACUAGAAGCAGCUGGAUUUUGAAAGUAUCCAACCAGGCAACAAAUAUGACAAAAAUGCGUCUGGAAUCCGUGACCUCCCCAGCGUUAAGGUAUUUCUAUGUUGCCAUUAGAAAAGGAGCUUGUUGGUUCCUCAGCAGAUCUGAAUGUUCCCUGAAGCGUCGUGCUUCGGCUCGCUCGCUGUGUGUUAGGAAGCAGGUUUACUGUUCGUGCGCCUGGCUGACUGACCUCCUUUUCUGACUUCACGCUGGGAAAAGCCGACCGUGUGGUCGAACCCAGCUGCUCUUCCACGCUUCAGCCUGCCCUUCGCUGAAAUCUCCUCUAGCAGGGACACCGAGUCUUCCUCGCUGGGGAGACUUGUAUCCCACCACGACCCCCAACCCAAACACUGGGUCCUUCCAUGCGUCCGUCCGUCUGUCUUUAAGACUCUGACUGGCUCGAACCUGCUGCUCUGCAACACAACACGUCUCCAAGGUCAGAAAACCCAACUUUAUUCUGAGAAAAUAAGCUCUUCAUCCUCUCACUGUUCACGUCAUGUGUUUGGCUUGAUAUGUUCUUCCUCUUUUGCUCGGAGUCGUGUUCUCGUGAAUCCAGAAAACGAGUUAAAUCCACUCAACUUAACUUCUGAUUCUGAUUAAAAAGACGCAGGAUUUUUCGGCCUUGCCGAGUCAGUUCUUCACACAGGGACGGGCUGCAGUCGACUUGUGUAACAACGUGAGGGCCAAGUGCUAAACGCUUCUGCAUCGCUGCUGUGAAAACCGUGAAAACCUUCCUCCUCCGGUCUUGGUGUUUAUCGACCGUCCUUCUUAAAAUUCUUUCAAAGCCUCUGAGAGAACUUUUUAAGUUUUAAGAUGUUUUUGAUUUCUGAAAAGUAAGCAUGUUGGAGGUACGAGGUUUUUAACGGACAGCGAUGAUUUGAAAGGUCUCAGUAUGCUUCAACAAAGCGCUUGUCUGCAGUGGUGGAACGUGACAACGUACAUUUACUCCAGUACUGUACCUAAAAACUAUGUUGAGGAACUCGUACUUCUCGUAUUUCUGUUGUGUGUGCAGUUGAGAGGGGGAUGAUGUCCGUUGUGCUGCACUACAUCUGUUUGAUAUGGUUACUGCUUACUAACCAAAACGUGAUCAGUUUAUAAAAUAUGAAGCUGUGUUUAUAUCUAAAGCAGUUCAAAUUAGCUCCACGUCGGCCGACCGCGACAUAAAAGUACCUUAUAUUCCAUUAUUAGUGAUGCAUUAACGUGCUUACAUAUUGAUACAUCAAUAAUAAUGAUGGAGCAUUUGUUGCUAAUACUUCUGCACUUUUAUUUAAACAACAUUUUGACUUUUUCUUGCAGUGGAGUGUUUCUGUAUGUGUGGCAUUUGACUGGUCUGAAUACGUCCAGCUCUGCUCGUCAGACAGUCUGACGGAGUCUGAAACCACCUUUCAGGCCGCGGAGUCGUGCGGGGGCUGCGCGCCGCAGCUUCUGGAACUUUUCCGACACCAACAAUUACGCCCGCUUUACGCAGUGAUCGGUCAGCUGUCAGCGCUUUGAAGGAAGUUGUGAUUCUGUGCGUGCGCUCCGUUAGCCCCGUUUGAACAGUUCGUCAUGUGGAGACCACAAAGACACACAAAAGAGUUGUUGUGCAGAGAUCAGGGAAGCAGCGGGCAGCGGCCCGGAGGGGGCCGCCACAGCAGGCUCUCAGAAACACUCUGACUUCAGACGUGAGCGGACAACACGUUUGAAGCAUACAGAGGCCUUAAACUAACCGGAGCGAAGGCUGGAGUCUUUAUAGAAAGUCAGUGAGUGCAUGCAGAAGCAGCCUUCGACAGCGGAGGAGCGGUUUGUUAAAGUGUCUUUUUGCUUGAACAAAGACUUUUCACUUUCUUCUGUCAGCCACUUUUUUUAAGAGCUUGACAUUAAUGCUUUUCUGAAUAUCACAUUUUAGACAGUCAGGUGACAUUUGCAGGAUCCAGAGGCUCCUUCCUCACAUUAACAUUUUGUCAAGAUCAUACUGCAAGUCAGAGAAAAUACCUGGUGAAAUGGUAAAAUGAGCCCACUGACAUUUACUCUGUACUGACGCAUCAAACGCUCCGACAAGUAAAAUAUUAUCUCAUUUACAUCGGUGAUAAUCUGUCAGGAGGAAGCGCCUCUGCAGUGCUGCUCGUCCGACACUGCUUGCUUGGAUAUUAGAAACGGUACAUGCAAUAAAAUAUGCAACAUCGUAUGUUCGACCCCCAAAACGGACACUUUGUCCCGCCCGCGUGCCCUUGAGCCAGAGGCGGUGUUGAAGAUAAUAUGCAAAAGCAAACUUAGUUUUACAUUUCAAGCGGUCGAAGCUGGUUUGUGGUUCCACAGACGGUCCCAGAAACGAGUCCUGCUCCUGGGAAUCCGUCCGUCAAUAGAAACAAAGAGGAAACGCACAGAGGUCACUGCAGCCGCGGGGAAACAACAACAACAACAUCUGGGGUGAAGAACAGCUGCAGCAGCGAGGGCUUUAAGACAUUUUAGCCUUUUAUUGAUUUCAUUUGAUCAAAAAAGCCAAAAUGAAAGCAUUAAACUGAAUAUCUUCGAGUUGGUCGGACAAAAACAAACACAGAACCAGAGAUUCUUAGCUACCUGAGACACUCCAAAGUCUUCUAAUCUUGGCGACUCGACAGUCUGAGGUCAAAGGUCACAGUGCGGCUUUUGAGUUAUUGAACAGAUGGUUCGACAGUGAGUCAGCGUUUUAUCAUCGUCAUCGUCUUUUUUCUUCUGUCUUCCUUCUCUGUUACUUUGUCUCUCCGUCUGUCCAUCUUCUGGUUUGUCUCUCGGCCUGUCUUUCUCUUCCCGUCUCGCUUUUCUAACCAGCUCAUCUCAUCAUCAUGUCAUUUUUCCCACAGACAUGACAGGUCGUGACCCUGUCUUCUCUCUGUCCACCUUCUUUCUGCCUCUCUCUCUGUCUCUGUCUCUGUCCAUCUAUCAGUUUGUGUGAACCGGCUGCAGCAGGGAGGGAUAACGAGGCCGACAGGGAGAGGAGGCUGUCGGCUCUAAUUGGUCUUUUUAUUUUUUCUACGACCAGCUUUGCUCUCCUUUACUCCUCCUCUCCUAACGCUCAUCUCUCCUCUUUCUCACCUCCUUUUUUUUCUAUUCCUUCCCUUCUGCAUUUCCGAUGUUAUCUCCUUCUUUUCGUAAUGCCUGAAUACUACUGUUACACACACACACACACACACACACACACCUGAGAGCAACAGCAGGUACCACUCAGGUGUUGUAGAUAAACCCAGUUGCCAUGGCGAUACAGCCAGGCAGCCACGGCAACAGCGUUGUGGGGAUUUAGAGUGAGGUACUUGUUUCUUUCUCUCCUUUUCUGUCCUACAUUCUCCUUUCGGGCCCUUUUUUCCUUCCCUACCUCCUCAUUUCCUAUCUCCUUGUCUCUCUCUCUCUCACUUUUCACUUUAUUUCCUUCCCUUCCUCUCCACCUCAUCUCCUCCUUCAUCUCUUUCCUUCUUUUUUCCUUUCUUACCUCCUUGUUUUCUUUAUUGUCCUUUUCCUCCAAACCUCAUUUCCUCCCCUUUCUCCUUGUUUCCUUUCCUAUCCUCACUUUCUUAUUUUCCUUCCGUACCUCCUUUUCACGUCUCCUCCUUUUCUUCCCUUCCGUACAGCCUAAUUUCCUUACCUCAUCCUCUCCACCUCCUUCCUAUCUCCAUCUUGUUCUGUUGGCUCCUUCUUUCCUUCCCUUCAAGGCCUGCCACAGUGAAACAUGUAAACUGUAUAUCUGCCAUGAAAGCAGCUGCUCUGUGUCCGUCCUGUUAAUCGCCGCUGUAUGUUAUCAGCAGCCUCCAACAGAGAGGCACAGGGAGGGUUUUUGGGGUAAAACAAGAGCAGAUUAACAGUUUCUUAUUUGAAGCUUAAACUGGAUUUACCUGGUGAAUAUUCCCCCCCCCACAACAAACUCUGAAGACCCGCCGCUGGCUGAUAGCUAGCUUAAACCUGAAGGUCACUUCAUCUUAAAGAGGGAUUCAUUUAUGGAGAGAAAUAACAGUUAAUCUGCCUCCCAGCAGCCUGCCGUCCAAUUAAAAUCCUCCUCUGACGAAACAGCUGGAAGCAGCUGCUCGCAUCCGAACAGCGGCGGGGAAGUGAUGCGAGGGGAAAGGUGUCGGUUUGAAACCCAGGACAGAACGAGUUGCCCUUAAGCAAAGACAUGUGAUUGCUUUUCUGUAUAUGGAUACAUUUUUUAACUUUUAGUUAAACUUUUAGUGUUAUUUCAUAGUUUGUCCACCAGAGAGCACUGACAGGCUUAUAUUUGCACUUUAUGAAACACAUUGAGAUUUAGUCCUCGUGUAAAAUGCUGGUUUAUGUCAUGCUUUUAUAUUUAAGAAAUGCAGAUUAUCGACCGGUGAAUGAUUGUACUGGACAGGCUCUAUUAUGUAGCAGCCACUUUAGCUAAUAACCAGCGUUUGUUUGGACUCACAUUAUAUUCUAAAAAAAAUAACUAAUGCGGCUGGAAAACGACAGGAUUGAUGGAUUUCUUGGAGAAAGAAAAAGUCCAUUUUCCCGUUUUGGCUUCUGGGUUGAUGAUGCUGCUGUUGGCUGCAUGACAUGAAAACUGUCUGCUAAAGGAAAUUACAGAACAUUCUGCACUCAGAUCUCCCAAACCAGCUGUAACAGUUUUAAUAACACCCACAUGGUGCCACAUCUCUUGGUUCUGACAUGUUUCUUCAGUGCAGAGAGAUUUCGCACUCAUAUAACAUUCAUCGCUUAUAAUCCCUCCUGAAAUGAAUCACAAUACGAGGAAUUUUCUUUUAUGAUAUCUUAACUUUAUGCUGUGUCACGGUGCUCUUAAAGUGGAGCCAUUCUUCUUCUUCUUCUUCUUCUUCAGAUCUGUUCUCUCUGCACUCUGAGCUGCGUUAAUUCAUGCAAGUGACACAAAACCCAGCGGGGAGCGUUCACAGCCGAGCUUCAGCUGCCUCGCUUCAAAUUCAUCACCAAAAUCACUGCGUCACCAGGCGGCGAACACACACACACACACACUGUGUUUGUAGCUGUAUUGAUGUUCUGUACGUCACAAAAUGUAAAUUUGUAAUUUAAAGCUGAAUUGAAAUGGAAAGCGAAAAGAAUAGAAGCAAGAGGUAAAAGAGGAAUAUCCAAUUUAAGAUGAAGGAGGAAAAUAAAUGAUAGUAGGCUGUUGCUCGGCUGCAAACAAGGUUAAAGAUUUUCAUUUCAAAAUAUCUGUCAUUUCACAUAAAGACGUCUCAUACAGGCAAAAAAUAAUAAAUGGAGAACAUUAUUGGUUCUGAGUCGUCUCAAGGCUUCACUUCAGCCUUCAUGUGUCUGUUAGUAUUUCUAAAUCGUAAAAAGGUUGGAAAUGAUAGAAAACAGCUGGUUAAAGGCAGAAUGCUUCACAGUGUCGACAGCUCUGACGAGAUGAGUCUUUGUCUGCCAGGGUUCAGGGUUCGAGUCCCACCAGGAUCAGAAAAAUCUCCACAAAACCAUGAAAACUGAACAAGGCAACACGUAGAAAUCCAGACCUGGACCCGGUUCUUCGUCGCUUGAUUUGAUUAAUGAUUAUUCGAUAUAAGCUUGGAUUUGUCUCUUCUGUUGUCGUAGCAAGAAGUCCCUGAGCUGGAUCAUGACCAAGACUUUUCGAGUUAAUCCCCAAACUUAAACUCAUCCCGACGAGCUGUCGGUUCUUCUGCGGCCGAGGGAUCGUCAGUAAUUUCCUUCAGGAUGAACAAAGUUCAGUUUUAUCUUUAAAAGCCGCUGAUAUGAUGUUGUUCUUCAAAACGCAUUUUGUUGUUGUUGUUGUUGUUUCAUUUUCUACUGGAACACAAACUGGUACGCACCCACAAAUGUCCCAAACAUCACUGAACUGACAGGAACGUCAUCAGAAACUUUGAGUUCAUUUACUCUUUGUUGACUUCGUUGUUGUUGGAGCUUCGAGUUAUUUAAGAAGCUCCUCCUGCAGACAUGUGGAGGUUCUCUGCUGUCUGAUACUCUGAUGUGUAUGUUUUUUUUGUAAUUUAAGUGACCUUUUUCUGUUGUCAGACUAAAGCCACACAACAGUUUCAAGUUAGGUGUUCAGUUUGAAAGUGGUAAUUUUGUCCAUUACUGACACUGCUGUGUGUGUUUUUCUUUUUAAUCCAAUCAGGUUUCUCCAAGUUUGGAAGUCAUAAAGGUCAGUGAACACUGAAAUGGCCCUUAAAAAGUUUCAGUUGGGCUCAGAAAAAGAUCAAAUAUUGUAAAUUCUCAUUCAUUACGGCCAAAUGUCAAACAAUAUCUGGGUCAUGGCCGGCACAAACAAAGGCUGGGUCGAAACAUUGACGUAUUUGACAUGUUAAAUUCAUCAUAAUAUACAUUUCCACAGGACACAAAUACAGUUUUCUUUCACUAAUUAAUCCCAAAUCACGUACACUUUGCUGUCUUCAAUUAAAACGCAACACCUCCUGGAGAUAUUUCACAUUAAAAUCCUUCUAGGCGUGGAGAGAUCAUCUCUUUAAGCUGGUGAAAGGCUUUUAAUGUGAAACAUCUGUGCAGGAAGUGUUGAGUCUCACUUGACAGUAGCUUAACAACAAUCAAAAAGACAGUAAAGUAGAGCUGACCUGGGAAAAUGGGAGCAGAUUUUGGCAAUUUUGAUUCUCUGUUUUCAACCCCAGUGUGGCCUGCUCGAACAAAUAAAGCCUUACUGCUUGAGUUUCAGGCUUUUAAUGUGAAAUAACUGUGCAGGAAGUCUUGAGUUGAGAUUAAUUUGGUGAACACUUCAGAAACUCUGUACUCUGUUGGUGUUCUGAUAAUUAAUUAGUGCUGUGGAAAUGUACAUUAUACUAAGACAAUAAUUGAACAUGCAAGAAGUGUUGAGUUUGAAUUAACCGAUCCGAAAACAAGGAGAUGUUUUACUAAAAUUUGAUCAUAAAUAUAUAUAAAACAGGAAAAGGUUUAAAUAAAGGUCUGGUUCUUUCUGUUUGAGGUAAAUAAAGACUGUUUGAUAGUUUGGUAUUUAGGAUAGGUGGUAUUUACAAUUUGUAUGGCUGUUUUGCAGGUGAAAGGUUGGCGAUUCCACCAUAAGCCGCUUUGUUGUCGAUAAUAUUUCAAUCACUGUAUUUACGUGUAUUUAAAUAGACAUUUAAUAUCGUUCCCAUGUUGUAUCUCCACAACUCAACCUUGAAUAAUCAGAAUAAUGUACUCACUCUUUAUACCUAUACAGUAUCUGCAAUACUCAAUCCUUCUACAGUAUAUCCACUCUGCCGUGUCCUGUACUGUACACUCUGUGUUGUCUGGGGAAAGACUUUUAUUUUGAAAACUUGAAGGACAGGUAUUUUAAGUUGACAAACAUCCUGCCAUUCCUGUUUCACCUGCUGGUUUUGCUGAAUUUAAUUUGUGUGCAAUAACUCUGGAGAAGUCAGUAUUUUACCUCGCCGCCGCACUAACUCUUAUUUAUGUGAUAAACUGUACAAAGUCUUACCUACUGUAAUAAUAAUAAUAUUAAUUAUUAUUAUUAUUAUUAUUAUUAUUAACACUGAAUUGUGAGCUUGUAAAGCGUCUCAGUCUGAAAAUGCACUUUAAAUGAAACCAGACGAUGUGGGGCUUCAUUCAGCUCGGCUCUUAAAGACGAAGAGUUUUAUUAGUGUUUCUUUUGUGUGUCAUGAAAUUGGACAGAUUUUCUUGGCUCAUACAUCUGUCGCUCUGCAUUAAUGCUGCAUUCAUGUCAUAUGGGGAAAACGCAUACUACAUAACAAUGUUCAGCUUAGUUUUAGGAAGUUAAAUACUCCAGGAAAAAUAGCUCAGGUGAAGCUUCCUGAAAUGGAGAUUGUUUUCAAAUAAAACCAACAAAAUGCAGAUUUUACAUCAUCUGAUUUAUUUUGUGAUCGCAGCUUUGAAAACGCAGGACAAAACAUCUACUCAGGGCCAGAUGUGAACGCACAAAGAUAGAAAUAUGCAUACGCAACCUUUUCAUCAGGUUUAUAAAGGAGCUCUACCUGCUCCACCAGUCUGCACACCUGGCAACUCUCCUGUUUGUGUCGCAUCAGUGAGGUUCUCCAACAAUGCCAGUGCAGGCUGUGGCUGCAUAGCACCUGUAUCGUGAAGUCAUCACACGCACCUGUAAACCACCGUUAGCAAGUGCUGUCUUAGCCACCAUCGUUAAACGUCAGAACAGUUAGCAAGCAUAUAUAGUCAGAUGAAAAGAUCAUAAACAGGGAAAUGAAAUGUAAAUAACAGAAGGAUGAAACUGAUCACACGUUAAGUCAGAUUUUACAUUUUGCUGUGUAGUUUUUCUGUUUUCAAAUGGCUUUCGCUCAGCUGUCAUGGAGGUGUAUCUGUUGACAUGUGAGCUCAGUGUUUUCUUGAGUUUCUUCAAACUAGCAAGUUUUUAAAGUUUGACGCUUCACUUUUAAGCCGACUCUGACGAGAAGUCCUCAAAGUGCUGUGAAUGAAAUCACAGCAGCGCUGCAGUGACUUCAUCAUGUGGCACAGUUGAAAGGUCUGGAAGAAGACAGUAAGAGGACCUUCAGGUUGAGGUUGUUUUAUCAAAUUAGAUGGACGUUUUAGUGCGUCGUUCUUACAUCUGGCCCCUGGUGGUUUCAUUUAACACAAACACAAGAAUCCACACAGAAAACUACAAUCAUGGCGUCCUGACGGUGUGAAGUCACCUUGAAAAUGUUCCCAUAUGAUGUAAACGCAGCGUUAUUGGCCAGGACACCUGUUAGCUUGGCUCUUAUUGGUUAAGAUUUUGAACCCUGAUGUCAUCGGUUAAUACAGAUGUUUAAAAAAACCUACAGUGACUCGCUGCACCAGCUGAUAUCUGCUGUCGCUCAUAUAACUGUAUAAAAGCCUGUGUAACUGAUCGAUGUAAGAAUAUCAUAUCUGUUCAAUAUUUCCUGAUUACCUGUGACAUCACAUCCUGUUUCAGGAAGUUUUGUUGGACUCAAGCCGAGUGCGACUGAGCCUCGAAGAUGUGUGUAGCCCUGUUAUGAUUGGCCAAUACAGCCCUCUGUUGCUUAUUGGUUAAUAUUUAUUGCCCUCUUCUGUGAUUGGCUGAGAUGUCUCUGAUGCUGCUGAGAAGCUGAAUGCUGAAAUAAAAAUAAUCUCCACCGAAACUGAA